AUGCUUGCUAAUGGAGCCAAUGCACAGAACAAUGCCAUAACUCAAUCUUCUGGAAAGGCUGCUGUGUCAAUGGCUGCAACUAAUCUUAAUAUUGGAAUGGACUUGUGGAAUGCAUCUUCUGCAAAGGCUGAUGCUACGAAACUGAGAAACAAUCAACCUGCCCUAGGAGCUGUCAACCCUCCUACUAUAAUGGGACGUGAAGUUGCACUUGGUGAACAGUGGAUACAAGCUGAGUGCGAGGAGUUGCAAAGAAAGGUGGAGUCACUGGGAAACGAGAGCCAGACUCUGAGAGAAGAACUUCAGAUAGUAUUAGAAGAAUGCAAGAAGCUUACUGCUGAAAAUAAUUCCAUCAAGAUUAUGUCCUCUAACAAUACUUUUGCUGUCAACAGUCAACAGGAAGAGUUGGAAAGGUUAUGUGGACCAGAAGCAGUUGCCAGCCUCGAAUAA